UAAAGUUGAAGCAACUUGACUUGGAACAUCAGUAUUCGGCAGACACUCGGAACAGAAUGAAUUGGCUUCCACUAAUGCUGGUUGGGCUCUGGGCCGCGGAGUCUUCGGCAAAAAUAUGCAGCUUUAAUAAUUCGGUGGCAAUCGAUUACCUGGCCGAUGAAUGGGCCACAGCAGCGAGCAGGUACCCGCCACCAUCCAUUGAACUUGGCGAUAAAAUGGGAGAAUUUUUUGAACACAAAUUUCAAGCAUCUGCAGUGAGCUAUGGAAUCUACAUAAUGGCAAAACUGUAUCAUCAGGCGUUGAAACGGGGUAACGAACUUAUUGAAGACGUAGAGGACUGCCGCGACAACUUACAAUCAAAGAUUGAACUGUUAAAAUCAAACAUGCUGCCACAACCAAUUGGCUUGGACGAAGAUUUGAACUCAAUCAUCGGACAGUGCCAGGUAUUCUUGAGCUUAUCACCUGGAAAUGUGGCGAUCGCUACACCGGAUCUCGGCGCAUUGCCGGCACAACAAAUAGUGCCUGAGAGCAGAACGACGCCUCGGACCGCAUUCGAGCUUCUUGUAACUUUCAACCAAGUUCUCGAUCAGCAGUUUGCCGCCAUCUACGGAUUCGUAGAAGGUAUAUACCUGACAGGCUGGGCUAGAGCGAGGAACUAUUUCGCAAAUGUACAGGCGCAGCUGCGUGGUGAGAUCCUGAAUUGGCGAGUACUGAACUCUUACACGCAAGUGGUGGAUAGCAUUUUUGUGCAAUCUGAUUUGAUUCAGCGUUACGUUCAUCCGGAAACAUGGGCAUUAUUCAACAACGUUGGCCAGCUUAUCAGAACGAUUGCUUACGAAUGCAACAAUUGCCAGUAAGAUGAUAACGAAGAUACAGGGCAUCUAUAUUUUAUCACGUCAAUUAUAUUCACACUUAUAUUGUCUAGAACUGUAAACAAUGAGUUCCACGUAUAAUGUGGAUAGUUUCAUGAAUUAAAAUGUAUUCAUAAUAAAAAUUCUGUUGGCAUCAA